GAGGCUUCUUUAAGCUGGUUUCUGCUUGAACCGGAAACUACCAGGACCAUGGUGAUAAACUGAUCCUCAGAGACAAUGGAGGGAUCACUACAGCAGUUUUGCUCCCAUUCACCACACUUAGGAGGUUGUGGGAGAAAUGCCUCCUGAGCAGCCUUCCCCAUUGUGGUGUUUUUCAAGUACCUUGGUCAACAAUUCUUAUCUUCCUCAACUGCUGGCUGUGGGGAUGGCAGGCCAAUCUGUUUAAAAGGCACCAGGAUGGAAAAGGCUAGUUUUAGGUCUUACACAUGCUUCUGUACUGUAUUGUCCUUCAAGUAAAUAACAUUUUCUAUCUUAUAGGGCCAUCAAUAUUAAAAAGGCAAGAAGUCUAUCAUCUUAAUGAUUCUUUAAACGAGAUAUAUACAUAUACACCUACUGAUUCAUCUCUGGCAUAAACUGUUUGCUUUAACCAGUGUUCUAAUGAAGAUUUCACAAAUGCCAUUUGUAGUAUAAUGGAUUUACUGCAUCAACAUCUGCAGAAGCAACUUAAGCUUAGAUCCUGAUUCUGUUAAGCAGAUAGCUGUGCAAGCAACUAUCAAAGUUAAUCAGUAGCAGCUGGCAUUCCAUAAUUUUGAAGAGGCUGCUGAGAUAAGUCACAGCCCAAUCUAUUCUUGCUCUUUUUCUAGUGUUUGCAAGAUUAGUAGUGAGGAUGGUUAAGAUUGUGGUCUUGCUUGAAGACAGUUCUUGUAUGCUAGCAUUUAAAAUGUAUUAUGAAGAGUGUAUAUAAAGUAUAAUCGGUUAUGAAUUGAAGAAGAAAGCCAUACCUUAGCCAUCAGCUAAAAGGCUAACAAAUGUGUACUCUAGAAGGACUAAACAUACCUGGAAUAUAAACACUUACUGAAGUAUAGUCACUAUGGGGAACAGCAUAGUAGAUGGGCAGAAGGCAACAUCAGCGAUAAUCCAGGGUAAAAUUUGAAGUGCGCAUUAGAAGCAUCUUCAAAGCCAUACUCUGAGGCAUGGGCAUCAGCAGAAGUGGGGGCAAGUAAUGCAAUCUGCUUUGUAAUGCAAAUUCUGCCCCUUAGUAUUUGUGUGCAAAAGGGCACAGCUUGCACUGUGUCAUCAUCAUAAUGCCCAUUUCACUAUUUUGGCAUCAGCAUGGCUAGUUAUAGGCACCUCUGUCAGGAGUCCACAAAGCAUGUCUGUGGAGGUCUCUGUGUUUUCAAUGAUGUGUAUAAGAAAGAGUUGUGGGGAAGAUGAUCUUGAAUAGAAAGCACUGGGACUGUCAGUUAUCCACAUAAGAACAACCAACCAUAUCUAAGGGAAAGAGAUUAGGAUAUUCUUCAGUUCAGUUCAUCUUUUCAGUUUGAAAGAUGUUAACUGGUGCUAUAUGUUGGAGCAAACACAGGCAAAGAAAGAAGAUGUUUUUAAUGCAAAGCAAUUUAAAUGUGAACAAAGAAGACCCUAACCUAGUUUAUCCUUAUGUUUGCCAAAGUUUGAAUUAAUACUUAAUUCAGAGGUCCUACUGUAUAUUAUAGAGAAACACUCAUUUUUAUGAAGUGCUCAUACUGUAUGUAUAUUUGAAAUGCAAAAGGUUUAUGAUAGAAAAUUUGGUAUAUUUUCUAAGUGGCAUUCCACAGCUUGUAAUAAAAACUGGACAAUGAGAGUAACUGGAUUUAUUUCACUAUGGGUACUGGCCUUACUGCUUUGCUGUCAACUAAUAACCCGUGCAGAACAUGAGGACAUAGUGAAACAUGCAAUAAAGCUGCACCGUGGAAAAGGAGUUGCUGUUACUCAAAAGAAACAGUGGCUCAUAGAAAACUGCAGAAAAUUAUCUGGACUUCUACAUCAGAAGAAUGUGGUUCUCAACAAACUGAAAAGUGCAAUAAGAGCAGUGGAAAAGGAUCCAGGAUUAUCAUUUGAAGAGAGGACUUUUCAGGUUCAUACAUUCGAAAUUUUUCAGAAAGAACUAAAUGAAAGUGAAAACUCAGUCUUUCAAGCAAUCUAUGGGCUCCAAAGAGCUCUGCAAGGUGAUUACAAAGAUGUAGUGAACAUGAAAGAAAGUAGUCGGCAGCGGUUGGAAGCCUUGAGAGAGGCUGCAAUAAAGGAGGAAACAGAAUAUGUUGAACUUCUAGCAGCAGAGAAGCAUCAAGCUGAAGCCCUGAAAAACAUGCAGCAUCAAAAUAAAAGUCUUUCUAUUCUUGAUGAGAUUCUUGAAGAUGUAAGAAAAGCAGCUGAUCGGCUAGAAGAGGAAAUAGGAGAGCAUGCCUUUGAUGACAACAAGUCAGUGAGAGGAGUUAAUUUUGAAGCUGUUUUAAGAGUGGAAGAGGAUGAAGCAGAUACAAAAAGAAAUAUUUCAAAAAGGGAAGUGGAAGAUGAUUUGGGUUUAAGUAUGCUUAUUGAUUCACAAAACAAUCAGUACAUUCUUACAAAGCCCAGAGACUCAACCAUUCCACGUGCUGACCAUCAUUUUAUAAAGGAUAUUGUGACAAUAGGAAUGCUGUCUCUGCCUUGUGGUUGGCUGUGUACAACAAUAGGAUUGCCAACAAUGUUUGGAUACAUUAUUUGUGGAGUGCUUUUGGGACCAUCAGGUUUAAACAGUAUAAAGUCAAUUGUACAGGUGGAGACACUCGGAGAAUUUGGUGUCUUCUUCACACUGUUCCUGGUUGGUCUGGAAUUUUCCCCUGAAAGGCUAAGAAAGGUGUGGAAGAUAUCUUUGCAAGGACCUUGUUACAUGACACUCCUGAUGAUUGCAUUUGGCUUACUUUGGGGGCAUUUGCUACAAAUCAGAGCAACUCAGAGUGUUUUCAUUGCUACUUGUUUAUCAUUAUCAAGCACACCAUUGGUAUCUAGAUUCCUUGCAGGGAGUGCUCGUGGAGAUAAAGAAGGUGAUAUUGAUUACAGUAGUGUUCUGCUUGCAAUGUUGGUGAUGCAGGAUGUACAGCUCGGUUUGUUCAUAGCUGUCAUGCCAACUUUUAUUCAAGCUGGAUUUGGCACACAUUCCAGCAUUAUCAAAGAAAUACUAAGAAUAUUGAUGCUGAUUGGACAAAUCCUCUUUUCCCUGGCUGCUGUCCUGCUUAUAUGUCUUGUUUUAAAGACUUACCUGAUAGGACCCUUCUACCGCAAGUUGCAUAUGGAAAGCAAAGGAAAUAAAGAAAUUCUAGUUCUAGGAAUAUCUGCUUUUAUGUUUCUUAUGUUAAUGAUCACAGAGUUAUUGGAUGUUUCAAUGGAAUUGGGAUGUUUCUUGGCAGGAGCGCUUAUUUCUUCUCAGGGUCACAUGGUUACUGAGGAGGUCAUAUCCUGUAUUGAACCAAUACGUGACUUUCUUGCUAUCAUAUUCUUUGCAUCUAUAGGUCUUCAUGUAUUUCCCACGUUUGUAAUAUAUGAACUCACAGUCUUGCUGUUUCUUACACUCUCAGUGGUAAUAAUGAAGUUUUUCCUGGCAGUACUUGUCCUUUCUAUGAUUCUUCCAAAGAACAGCCAGUAUAUCAAAUGGAUUGUAUCAGCAGGCUUGGCUCAAGUCAGUGAGUUUUCCUUUGUCCUGGGAAGUAGAGCACGCAGAGCGGGUAUAAUUUCUCGAGAGGUCUACCUUCUUAUAUUGAGUGUGACUACUCUAAGUCUAUUGCUUGCACCAGCACUAUGGAGAGCUGCAAUUAUGAAAUGCGUACCAAGACCUGAAAGACGAUUAUGUUCCUGAAAAUCUUUUGUUUACAUGCUUUAGUGAAGGAAGCCUCUCUACAUAAUACAUUUCAUAUGUUAUGUUAUUUAGCUUACUAUAAGCCUUACACUGGUUUCAGUUAAUGAAACAAAAAUGUAACAUUUUUCAUAAUACAUUCUGAUUUUUAGAGUACUGAAUAUCUGUUAGAUUUUUCCAAAAUUUGGUUUAUUUUUUAAAAAGUCCAUGAAUCCAGUAAUUAAUGUGCCUUUUUAAGGAUUAUUUUCCAGUCCAUGCAGCAAAUGAACAAUUAUAGUGCCUGUGGUACUGUUAAAAAACAACCACCCAAUUAGUAUCUGGUCAAACAUUGGUCACAAAAGUUUUUUUUCAAAGCAAUAUAAUUUUUACAUUCAAAUAUAGGAUUUAAAACUGCUCUGAGAACUGAAAGUUAUGUUCCUGAGAAUAAUAUCUCACCUCAUUGCUUUUAAAAUCAAUUAUCUGUAAUAAUUAUUUACCUUUAUCACGAUUUGGGGUCUGAACAUAUGAUUAAUAGUGAUCAGAAUAACUUCUAGUAUGAUGACCAAGGUCUUUUUGUACUGAUGUUAACUCUUAAUUAAAAGUAUUCUUGGAGGAUACUUAAGUUUGUAAUUUCAUUUAUUGGAUAUAUAGCAGAAUUAGAAUUUGCUGUCAUGUUGAACCAGCCUUUGAAUCUAAUAAAUGAUUCACUACUACACAUUUUCUUAAAAUGAAAAAAAUCCUUAAAUUAUAUUGCUCCUUAUAAUACUGUAGGGUUACUGGAAAUGAAUGCACUGGUUAUUCUCUCAACCUCAGCUACAUUUUU